UUCAAAGACGCCAUCAUGACUCACGAAAUUAUAACAACACGAUUGCAGACAAACCACAGAACGGGUGGAAGGCGAACCCAUGGCAGAUCAACCAUGAUGGACUUGGCUCACCUGCGUCAGCGCCUGGCUGCCCAUGCAGAACACCUUCUGCAGUUCUGGGACGUACUUACUGAAGCCGACAAGAGGGUGCUCUACAACGACCUCAGCGAGUUGGACUACGAUGAGGUGUGUGGAUUCUACAAAAGAACAGUAGCAUCACUAAAUGAGGAACAGACGAAGCUUGAUGAGAGAAUGCAGCCCAUCCCUGCAGAGAUGCAUGGCUCAGUCACCCGCACCCCGCUUGAAAAAAUCAAAGAUUACGAGGAGGCAGGUCUGCGUGAGGUGAGUGAAGGGCAUGUGGGAGUGCUCCUGUUGGCAGGUGGACAGGGAACUAGGCUUGGAGUUGAUUAUCCUAAAGGCAUGUACGAUGUCAAGUUGCCAUCUAGGAAGACACUGUACCAGCUUCAAGCUGAAAGAUUACUACGGCUUCAGAUUCUUGCUAAGGAGAAAUAUGGCAAGUGUGGAAACAUUCCAUGGUACAUUAUGACAUCCGAGCAUACCAAGGAACCCACCAUGGAUUUCUUCGCUCGUAAUCAUUACUUUGGUUUGGAGAAGGAAAACCUGGUGGUAUUUGAGCAAGGAAUGCUACCUUGCUUUACCUUUGAUGGCAAGAUCAUCUUGGAGUCGCCACACAAGGUGGCCCGUGCUCCUGAUGGCAAUGGUGGGCUGUAUAGGGCACUCAGGGAGAAGAAUGUACUGGAAGACAUGGAGCGUCGAGGAAUUAAAUAUGUGCAUGUAUAUUGUGUAGAUAACAUUCUAGUCAAGAUGGCAGAUCCCAUCUUCAUCGGCUACUGCUUGUCUAAAGGAGCGAACUGUGGGGCCAAGGUUGUAGAAAAGGCCUUCCCAACUGAGGCUGUUGGUGUUGUGUGUAAAGUUGAUGGACUCUAUCAAGUAGUUGAGUACAGUGAAAUUACUCUUAAGACAGCUCAGAAACGAAACCCUGAUGGAAGACUCAUGUUUUCUGCUGGCAACAUUUGCAACCAUUACUUUACCACCGAGUUCCUUAGAAAAGUUGUGUAUGACUAUGAAGCCAGCAUGCAUCAUCAUGUAGCUAAGAAGAAAAUUGGCACAGUUAACUCUGAUGGCAAGACUAUUAAACCAGAGAAGCCUAAUGGCAUUAAAAUGGAGAAGUUUGUCUUUGAUGUCUUUCAGUUUUCAAACACUUUAGCAGUGUGGGAAGUGAUACGUGAGGAUGAAUUUGCUCCACUCAAAAAUGGGGAUGGAGCAGAGAAGGAUACACCAACCACAUGUCGCCAUGCACUCUUUUCCCUUCACCACCGCUACCUCCUCAAUGCUGGCGGUACUCUCAUAGAUUCGGAGGGGGAACCUCUUCCAUUAAUUCCCAGGCCAGAAGACAGACCAGUGUCGGUACUAACCAGCCCUGCUGCUGCCCCAAAAUGUCCUACCACUGAAAAUGCCAACACAGAGUUCAAUAAUAAUGAUGCCAUUAUGAGUAUUAAGGAAAAGAGGUGCAACUGGCUGACACGCCUGGUACCACAUGUAUGUGCCUUAUGGUUCAGUCAAAAGGAGAUGCGGUGGGAUGAGUGUCCAGUUGUGGUAGAAAUCUCUUCCCUUGUGUCAUAUGCUGGUGAGGGAUUGGACAAGCUGGUAGCAAACAAGAAAUUCACUUGCCCAUUACUUUUGAAUGAGCCUGCUGCGAAGAUCCAAGUGUAGUCUUGACUGCUUCCAGUGUAUGCAGUCUGUGAAUUAAUAAAUCAUAUAUGGUAUGUUAUAUACCAUCAAUUCGUGGUCAUCUGAAAUAUAAUGCUUUUAUUGUUCAUAACAUCUGUAAGUUUCAAAAAAAGUCAUACCAGCACAUUCAAAAUGAUGUACAGAGAUGGAAUGAUGUGCAUGAUCACUCAGAGCAAAGUAUAAUUAGGAAGAUAAUUUUGGCUCACCUGUAUAGCUUGUGGCACAAAGGGAUCAUUUUGUUUAAUAUACAUAACGGAGAAAAAAUAAGAAUUGGUAUCAUUACCUUGGGAAUAAAUUGAUAUUGUGAGGAUGCAAGUUUUUAAUGUUAGAUUGCCAGAUAUUGGAUUGUACAGGGUUAGUCUGUUGUGGCAGCCAAACAAAGUUCACCUUCACAGUAUUAGUCCAUGUUGAAACUGUACAGUAAUCAGGUGAGAGGAAACCAGCAAAACAAAUACCAAGAGCAAAGAACUGUGUCAACUAUAUUUGCAGAGUUAAUGUGUAAUUUAAUUAUGUUAGAUUAUAUGAGUCAUGUCACAACUUUUGUUAGAUUUUAAAUGAAUUUGCACCAUUCCAAUAACCAGUAGUGUGCAGUUGACUUAGGUUGUACUUCAGACAUGCUUAUUUUUAAAUUCAAAUACCUUUACAUAUUCAUAUUUGGGCAAAUAGGUUAAAUUUGCAUGCUGAAUAAUAAUCAUGAUUUAUAAGGUUAUUUUAAUUUAAAAAUUAUCAUACAGCUUGUGACAACAUUUAUUCCUGUUUUGAUAACUGCUUUUGAGAAAUAGGAGGAUUACUCUAAGGAUUUGCAAAUUUCUUUAUUGCAUUUUUUUGGGGGUAAAAAAAUUUAGGUACUGUAGUAGCUCUACAGAAAUAGUAGUUUCAAAUGAAAUAUUUAUUUAUUGGUGGCAAAAAUAGUGUGUCUAACGUAGAUAUGAUAUACAGAUAUGGAACGUGAUUAAUAGUUUUAUUAUUUAUGUUUUGUAUACUGUACAGCAUAUGUAAUCAAAGGAAGACGUGACUAAGUUCUGUAUGACAAGCUAGACCCAUUCAUUUACUCUUUGCCUGAAAAAAUCCUUAAUGAAAUAAUUUUUGAAUUGAAACAUAAUGCUGGAACAAAAUUAUUAACUUAAUGAUACCUUGAGUACUUCCAUCAAGUCCCUCACUUGCUCUUGGAGCUGUGCAUAAUAUUCUUAAGACAGCAAAGCUGCAGUUUGAAGGUUGUCAUCAGUCUAUUGGAGAAUUGAAUAUACAGUAGAAAAUCUCAAGAAUGAAUGAUUGUUAAAAAUAAUUAUUCAUUCUUAUGUCUUAAUGAAUUUAAUUCAUUGCAAAUGUACUUAAAGUGUGAUUAACAUCAGAGAUCAUCUUCAUUUCUUUCUUUUUAGAUGCAAAUGCUUACUAAUUUAAAAUUCAUAUUUUCAAAGAUUUGUUAAGAGGUUGUAUAUUAUGGAAUUUAGGAUAGAUAGGUUUGAAGUAAAUCACAGACAUUGCAAAAAAUGCAAUUAUUUUUAGUGUGUGAGAUUGUGUGUCUGUUUGCUUGCGUAUUAACGUUAGCUCUUAUUUCUUGUAUAAAUUUUUCUUUUUUUUUUUACAAUUUUUAGCUUUCCUCUGAUAUUUUCCAUUGCUCAUUUUGAUGUCAUUGAUGUUGGCACUCAGUUCAACCAUGGCAGUUUUAGGAUGUGUUUUAUGAUUUGUUAAUUCUUCCAUUUGUGAAUACUACGCAUGUUUCAUUUGAUAAGUGUACAGAAAUACAUACAUUCCAUUUUCUAAAGAAGCAUUAUAAAAUUAAGUUGUGUUUAUCAAAUACUGCAGGAAUGAGAAUUCAAGAAAAAAUUUUCAGCAAAAGUUUUUUUUUGAAAAUCAGCUUAAUUUUAUUAAGUGCACUGUAUGACAAAGAUAUACAGGUCUCAGAUAGGUCUAGAUACCAUUGCUGCAAAUGAUAUGUAAAUAAUUUAAAUGUAUAAAUUAUGGCUAAUAUUAAGAGAAGUAUUUUAGAAUUUUGUGCAAUAAAUCAUAACCUAGAAUUAUAUACAUUUAGGUAAUUAAAAAUUUUAAUAUUACUUAGGUUUUAUUACAGUAUUACCCAUAUAUUUCAGACUCAGUCAUAACACCAAAAAAACAAAAUUUAAUAAAUUAUUUAGUGAAUUAAAUCUACAAGGAAGAUUAUAAAAUUUCAAAUAUAAGUGUGAUCCUGCAACACGAGUGUUGCCAGGUAAAAAUAUUCUCUAGUGCUGUUGUGUACACCCAAAGCAACUUGAUCACUAUUACAAUAAGUUAAAAGUUCUAUUACUGUAUUAUUUUUAUUUUACUGUAUCUUUGUCAUAUUUUAGUAGAGUGAAAGCUUUGGAGAGGUUUUAAACUUCUUUUUGAAUGUAAUAAUAUUUUUUUAUAUUUUUACAUAUUUAUGUAUCUUAUUUUUUUACUAGUGUUGGUUAAAAUGCUUGCAUUUUGAUGAUUGCUUUAUGUACAGUAUCAAGGCAUUUAUAAUGCUCAUAAAAGUCAUAAUGCAAGCAUAGUUCAUAUAUGCAUUUGUGUAAAUCAUUUGAAAAUUAACCUAUUGUACAUGAAAAUAUGAGCCUUGUAUUUUACACUUGUCUUCAUAGUAUAUAUAGGAUUGUAUGUUAUGAUAGGUGCUAUGGUAUCAUUCCUACCAAGUGUGUUUUUGUGGAUUAGAGUAUCGUAUUCCAGUAUGCCACAACAUUUUUUAGUACUUAUGCUAUUGAUUUUAGCAAUAAAAUUUCUUUAAAUAUCUGUGUCCCAGUUGCAUUUUACAAUAGCAAAGAUUAAAUGUACUGUAUAUCAUUUUUUUAUGAUUGGUUUCAAAGGUAAUGAAAGUAAAAAGAUUUUUCUUUUUACAAUAUUUUGACAAUUUGUUACCACUCAUAACAUCAUUGCAUCAUUCCACCUUUAUGCCUCAUACCGUACUUACCAUAAUGCAAACUUGAACCUGUUGUAUAAACAGGUGAUUUGUAAUUCUUUUGAAGUGAGCACUGAAUGAAGUGUGCAGUAUUACAGUUUGUAUUUUGAUGUGCCCUGAAUGCAU